AGCGUCACAAUCAAGUAAGACAAGUAAAGCACAACAGAAUCAAAAACACAACUGUCAAAGAGUUAAAGCUAAGCAACCAUUUUCACGCUCUCUUUUUAUAUAAAUAAAUAAAAGCUAUUCAUCGCCAAGAAAAGAAAGAAAAAAAUAAAUAUCAAAAGAGAGUUCUCGAAUCAGUUCCAAUGGCGAUUAACAACAAGCUUCCACUUCUUCUCCUUCUCUCCGUCGUCAUUCUCUUCCUCAGCCGCACUGUGCUCAGCGACACUGAUGAAGAGGACGUUCUGUUCACAGGCAUAAACAGCUACAGAACAUCACAGAAUCUCACAACCUUAAACAAGAACAAAAACGCAGAGUGUCUAGCCGACGAACUCGCUGAUCAAUUCAAGAACAAACCAUGCACCAACGACACCGGCUCAGCCACAGUACCCGGAGCCGAGCCACAGUUCUCAGAUUACCCAAAUAUUCUCGCUAAAUGCCACUUAAACGUCUCAGACACAAGAGAUGGCUCCAUUAUGCCGGCAUGUGUUCCUCGUCUAGAGUCUAGCCUCGUCCUCACAAACUUCACCAAGUCGCAGUACUCCAUGAGUUUGAACGAUUCGAAGUUCACAGGGAUGGGUAUUGGUAAAGAAGAUGAUUGGAUCGUUGUGGUUCUCACCACCAACACACCAGAAGGAAACUAUUCGCCAGCUACAAAACAGGAUUCUAAUGGCUUCACCUUUAGUGUUGGCCUCUUUAAUUACUUGCUUGCUUUCAUGUUGUCCUUCUGUUUCUUCCUCUGUUGAUGAGAGAGAUCUACCACAUAACACAUGUCAUGAGUCUUUUUUUGUCUCGAGAAUAAUUUUUGCUUAUGUUA